GGCCGACCAUUUUCCAUCGAUCGGGAAUUGGCCAUGUUGCACCGUUCAAUGCGCGCGGCUGCCGCCGUGAUUGCCCGUCGCACGACGUACAUGAGCGUGCGUGCUUUCUCGCUUCCGUCGCACGAGGUUGUAGGUUUGCCUGCAUUGUCUCCCACCAUGGAACAGGGCAACUUGUCCAAAUGGUUGCUCAAGGAAGGUGACGCGAUCAACGCUGGCGACAUCAUUUGCCAGAUCGAAACGGACAAGGCAGUCGUCGACUACGAAGCGCAGGACGAUAUGUUCCUUGCUCGUAUACUCGUCCCUGAAGGCACCGAAGGUAUCGUUGUGGGCCAGCCCAUCAUGGUCACUGUGGAUUCGGAAGAAAGCAUUGCCGCGUUCAAGGACUUCAAAGCGGAUGCUGCUGCUGUUACCGCGCCUCUUACCCCCAAGUCCCCCGAAGAAAUCCCUCCCAAGAAACAUGAAGUGAAUGUUGACCCUGCCACGCAAGCCCCCGUGGUCCCAUCCGACUUUCUCGUCACGCCACAAGUUCCGCAAAAGAUCGUGCCAGGACCUGCCAUCCCAGCGCCUGUGGUGACUAAACCUGCCCCUGUCGCUGCUGUACCUACGGCUACCGCCAUUUCGUCGCCUUUAGCAUCGUUCAGCAAGUGGGGCAUUGGCGUCAACAAGAGCGCCGUCUCUCACAGCUUGGCUCAACGACAAAAGGCAUACCUGGACCUCUAUGGUCACACUGGCACGUUCCCCAUUACCAAGGCAUAAAAUACGCUCCAGUGUCGUGUUGCGGUUCGUCCAGUAGAUACGUCCGUUGUGGUUAAUGCAGCCAAGCGCCAUCUUGCAUUCUAUCGCGA